AUGUCUGUACAAAAUGCCUUUGAUCAAAAGAAAAAAUCUAUUCUCCAUGAUUUAGCGUCAAUUCAACCGGACUUGUCGCCAAAAGGUACCGUAGAUGAGUUAUGUCUUCCAAUCAUCCAUUUAAUAAACUCCCAUCCAGAUAUGGUUACUACCUCGUCAUGUUCUGGAAGAAUUAGUGUUUUCGCAGAAGGUUUGAAAGAUCAUAAAAAUAAUGUAAAAGUAGGCGGUAAGGGACAAGGUGGAGCAUGGCUUCAUGUUAGCCAUGACGAAGAUAACGUGUUGAAUUGGAUAGAUUCAGUUACAGGCUUGGACUUCUCUCAGAAUAAUAACACAUUAUCUGCAAGGGACUUGCUUGCAAAUACGAGGUAUAUCUUGUACAAGUAUGAACCUUUCAUUAUACAUGUCAAAUGUAGAAAUUUCGAGAUGGCAGCAAAACUUUACAAUACUGCAAUGGCAUGUGGAUUUAGAGAGAGUGGGAUCGGAUCAAAUUUUUUGGUAGCAAUAAGGAUCAACAUCAAAAUGGAUAUUCCCAUUGGUUAUAUCGAUGAGUCAGAAAAUAUGAAGCUCUUUGUAUCACAAGAUUACAUUCACAUUCUUGAUAAGCUAACACUAAUAAAGUUCUCUGAAAAUCGUAGGAAAAUGGAUGAUCUUUAUAAGAAGUUUAAUGAGGAACUUAUCGAAAAAGACAAUGUCAACUCGAAAGAAUCGAACAAGGAGACUAAAGAAGAAAGAAGAGAAAGAAAGAGGAGAGAAGGACUAAAGAGGCAGCUCGAGAUGAAAUCGGAGAGCGCCCAAGAUACAAAUCAGGAGCAGCUGGAUAAGAAGGUGGUAGAAAGCAUAGAAUCUGUUGAGUUAACCGAUUAG